UGGACGUCACAGCCCAACCUCACCCGUCGACCCAGUCAUUAUCCCGCCCAUGGCGGAGCUGAGCGGAGUGGACGUGGCAGUGGCCGUGGGCCAGGAACUGGUGGAGUUCUCUGAAUGGGUAACAUCUGCAAAUGAGAACAGUCUCGAAGGAGCUUUGAAGAUCGCGAAAGAGAAGGUGGUGGAGUAUCAAGAGAAGCAGUCUAUCUUGGAAAAGGCCUUGAAGACCAGAGAGGCGGAGGCGAAGCCGACGUUGCUGGAACAGAACCGCCUGGGCAGCAAGGAGAAACCGCUCAGCAGCCCGCCUUCCGCACGGUCAGGCUCAGGCAGCGACUGGAAGGAGGGCGACCGAGCCUCCGUAGAGUGGGACGUGUCUGGGGAGCGGAUCUUUUGGCCUGGGACCAUCGUGGGGAAGACCCACUUCGUGCGCGUUCAAGUGGUUCAGCCAGGGAUGGCGGAGAUGAAGGACUGUGCGACCGGGACGGAGCACAUUGGUCCGCUGCGGCAGCGCAUCCGCACGCAAGUUGAUCGCGAGGACCCCAGCCUCUUCGUGCACAGCGUGGCCUUUGAAACUCGCGAUGCCAAGAAAAUUUACACCACGACGUUGAAGCAGAUCAAUGACCAGGAGGAGCUCGCCGUGGGAGAAGUCCUCGAGUGGGAGUUCUCACAGCCCAUCAGCGGGCUGCCCUUGUGGUACACAGUGCAGUUGGACCAACGCGCUGGACGCCUGAGCAAGCUGGAAGGCCGCCGCCUACGGGCCACGAAGCCCUCACACGUGGCACCCGAGCCUCUACCCUGGCCGGAGCAGGGAAAGGUGCUGCUGGAACAGCCCGAAGGCUCCAGCAGCAUCAGCUUCAAGAACUGUCAUCCCGCCCGACCUCACAGCGCAUCCGAACGGGGCGAAACGGUUUCGGUCAAACUUGGAGCAGUGGUCCGCGCGAGGCCAGAGAGACAAUGAGGUUUCCGGCACCAGCUGGAAUGAAGGAAAGCUUUGUGAACAGCAGAAGUCGUAGGCAAUUUGAAUCUUUGGUAUGUAUAGGCUUUCUUCAACGGUGCCCAGCAUUAGUUUUGUGCUUGUUCUAUUUAGUUCUUGUUGCUCUGGCCACUCAGUCCGGCGGCCUGCCACUG